CAUUCCAAAAGUUUUAGAAAGAGAAUCUAGAGAGAGAAAACUCUUGGAGGAAGAGAGGGGGAGAACGACUACCCAAGAAAACAGAGUACACGGUUGAGGAAGGGAAACAGAUUCAGAAGCAAGAGAUCUAAAACGGUGUAAAAGCAAAACAAGAGAGAAGAAAAAACUUCAGUCUUAUGAGAGAGAGAGAGAGAGAGAGAGAGAGAGAGAGAGAGAGAGAGAGAGAGAGAUUUGAUGCAGAGAAGCAGCAGCAUAACAAGAAACAGAGCACAAAACAAAGGAAGCAAAACUACCACCAUGGAAACGAUGUCUUGUUUGCCACAGAAACCAGACCCAGUUCCUCCCCCACUGAAGGCCUGGUCAAAACUCUGGCUCAAAACAAAACUCCAAUCUUCUCUGCCCAGACAACCCCUACCCACCAACCCCAAAUCACAGCCCAACAAAACCCUCAUCUCACAGACCCUACUGGUCUCCGACCGAACCUCUCUCCUCUCCGACCAGAUUCUCCUCCAAAUCCUCUCCAAACUCCCCAAAUCUCAAAGGAAUUCGAAUUCCCUCGUCUCCAAACGCUGGUUAAACCUCCAGGGCCGCCUCAUACGCUCCAUAAAGCUUCUAGACUGGGAGUUCCUCGUGUCGGGCCGGUUAUUCGCCCGAUUCCCAAACCUAAUCCACGUUGAUGUCGUCCAUGGGUGUGUCAUCUCCCCAAGGAAUUCGUCAGGUAUUUUGUUGACUCAAAAAAUGGUCUCUUUCCAUGUAGACUAUAACGUUUUCCCAAGUGGGUUUGCGCCUGAAAAUUAUUUGCUCUCAGUUAAUGAAGUUGAUUUUGGUUUGAGGUCAUUAGCUAGUGGGUACCCAAACCUGAGAAAGCUCAUGGUAAUCAACGCUAGUGAGUUGGGUUUGUUGAGUGUUGCUGAGGAGUGUCCCACGUUGCAAGAACUGGAGUUGCACAAGUGCAAUGAUCAGGUCUUGCGGGGGAUCGCGGCGUGUCAGAACCUUCAGAUACUGAAAUUGGUGGGAUAUGUUGAUGGGUUUUAUGGGUCUUUGGUUUCAGACAUUGGUUUGACGAUAAUGGCACAGGGGUGUAGGAGGUUGGUGAAGCUUGAGCUCAGUGGAUGUGAGGGAAGCUACGAUGGGAUCAAAGCAAUUGGACAGUGCUGCCAAAUGCUUGAAGAGUUGACUAUAACUAGUCAUAGAAUGGAGGGUGGGUGGCUGUCAGCUCUUUCAUAUUGUGAGAAUCUGAAAACCUUGAAGUUUCAGUCUUGUAAGAGGAUUGAUUGUAGUCCGGGGCCUGAUGAGCAUUUGGGUUAUUGUUCGACCCUCGAGCGUUUGCAUUUAGAGAGGUGUCAAUUGCGCGAUAAGCGCAGUGUGAGAGCGUUGUUUCUCAUGUGUGAGACUGUGAGGGAGAUUGUCUUUCAGAAUUGUUGGGGUUUGGACAAUGAUAUGUUCAGCAUUGCUGGUAUCUGCAGGAGGGUGAGGUUCCUAUCUUUAGAAGGCUGUGGGCUGCUAACAACUCAAGGCCUGGAGUAUGUGAUUGUUUCAUUGAAGGAUCUUCAAAGGCUCCGAGUUGUGUCAUGUAACAAUAUAAAGGACAGUGAAGUAACUCCUGCACUUUCAGUUUUGCUUUCUGAUCUUAAAGAAUUUAUGUGGAGGCCCGAUACCAAGUCUCUCCUCUUGUUGAAUCUUGAGGGGACUGGCAUGGGAAAGAAAGGUGGGAGGUUUUUCGAAAAAGAAUCGAGACUUGAGAUCCUAUUCAAGAAGAUUUGAAACUCAAGACCAUGUCUAAUUCCCAGAAUACCGCUUAUUGCAUACUUGAAUGUUGACUCACUUGGGGGAUGCAAAAAGGCCUUCUUGUUGUAUGUUAUUGUAUUAUACAACACUGUAAUUUUAUCCUUCCCCUGAACGGUGGACAUGUAUUUUGAUGGCAGAAGGUUGUUCAUUUGUCAUGUAGGUGCAAAUGAAUGCAUCUAUUUUGUGAACUCAUCGGUGAUUGCCCCUGUUCAAUUAUCACUAGCCGCAUCCUCCUUGUCAAGCCAACUUUAUGUUGGUAACACCGGCAUGCCUUUUAUUUGUAUAAAACUGUCAUGUCAUAAUAUCGCAUUUCUCGUUCCUUCAA